GCCCUGCCUAACAAGUUACACCAACGCUCCUGAAGUCAACGGCACCGCCUCCCCUCCCGCCAAGCGCAUCAAGACCCUCCCCCUCGACGGCGACGCUGAGCAGGACCAAGACUCGUCUGCCGUACCUCAAGAAGAAGCUCCAGCCAACCCAACAACCACAACCACAGCCACAACCACAACCACAGCUACAGUAAUGGAGGCCUCAAUCCCCCUGCAAGUCAAGAAGCUCUCUCCCCAGGGCAGACUGCCCACGCGAGGCAGCGCAUUCGCCGCCGGCUACGACGUGUACGCCGCCAGAGACACGAUUGUGCCUGCGAGAGGCAAGGUCCUCGUCGAUACAGACAUUAGCAUUGCCGUGCCGGCUGGAACUUACGGCCGAAUUGCUCCUCGCUCUGGCCUCGCCUCCAAGCACUUCAUCGACACCGGCGCCGGCGUCAUCGACGCAGAUUACCGCGGACCCGUCAAGGUGCUCCUCUUCAACCACGCAGACGCCGACUACGAGAUCAAGGAGGGCGACCGGGUUGCUCAGCUGGUGCUUGAGCGGAUCGUGACGCCCGAUGUCGUCGAGGUCGAGGAGCUGGAGGAGAGUGUUCGAGGAGUCGGUGGUUUUGGCAGCACGGGCAAGAACUAAAAAGGAUUUUGAAUUACUAUUUUAAUGACAUGGCAUGAUAUUAUAAAUGGCGGUGAGGGUAUAGACGGGGCACACGCAGAGGGAUACAAUAUCAAGACACUACCGAGUCGGAUCGGUACGGAAUGAGAUUACUCUUAAAUGAGAAUAUAAACAGCUAUUUGAUUCAAGUCUAUACAGAUAAAAAAAAAUACUGAGCCAAAAGAUGUGAUUCCACGCCAUUGCUUGGAACCCCCGCGUCUAUAUCCAAUUCACCCAUUCCAUUCUCCCAUCCCCCAAUCUAAGCCUUCGUUGCCG